AUGGAGGGCUCAAUGGUACUCCCCGCUCCGGUUGUGGAACGACGGCGCUCACAGUCGUCCUCACAUCGACGCCCAAAAAGUCCUGGUGCCGAUGACGCGACGAUUGUGACUGUCAAAGGUUUUUUCCUAGAAGAAAUCGACGAGCAGCGUGCGAUCGUGCCGUUGGUAGGAUACUGUUUCAUGACCGGCUUCCUCAAUGCUGUCUGUUUCUCAGCAAUCUUCGCCUGGUGCGCAUCUCAAACUGGGAAUACUAUCCAGCUCUCUAUCGCGAUCGGCCGAUUUUUAGACAAGGAGCCAGACCACCUUUACCGCAUGACUGAUCGCCUUGCUCUCAUAUCUUUGCUCAGCUUUAUCCUAGGCGGUUUCGUUGGGCGGAUCGGCGAGAGAGUUGGGUACAGUGCUCGUAUAUGGUUGGUAUGCGGAACUCUAUUCCAGGCCCUCCUCACCAUGGGGGCUGCUAUCGCGCUCUGGAAGAGUCACUUGCCUUGGUACGCACCAACUGGAACUGGCCCAGUGUGGACAACUCCGUUGGCCUUCCUAGGGUAUGGAUUCAUGAGUGCAAGCAUGGGCCUGCAAGGUGUUAUGGCUAAGCGGAUCAAUACGCAGUUCUCUACCUCAGUCGUACUCACUUCUAUAUGGUGUGAGUUGAUAUCCGAACCCAAGCUAUUCCACCUUCGGAGGGGCGUGGCAGAUCGCGACCAUAAAUUGUUGACCAUCCUCUUCAUGCUUGUGGGUGGCUUUUCGGGGCGCUGCACGAUCGAUCAAGUGGGCCCAGCAAUUACCUUGGGAAUAGCAGCUGGAUUGCGUCUCGUUAUCAGCGGUUCGUGGUUCCUGAUCCCGAAGAAAACGGAAAGGAAGUUUGAUGCAGAAGAUGACGAGGGGUUCAAGAAGUGA